ACAAGUACUUCCUCUCACUGUUAGGAAGUGAAACACUGCCGUGAUGCAUUGCUAUGAAGAUCUUGGAGAGGACGGAAGAAAUGAAGGGCAGAAAAGUAGCAGUAAUUCCAGCCAUUUUCAUACUGAUUAUACUACAAUCAGUUUUUCUCUUUAGUACGGGGGAUGUCAAUACCUGCCUUCGAGGUUGGCUGAGUUACCAAAAAGAAUGUAUAUUUAUUAAGAGCUCUGCCGAGUAUUCAAAAGAUGACGCAACAAUUUUAUGCAUGCUUAGGUAUAGAGGCAGAACUGCAUCUGUAUCUUCAGAGGAGAUGCUGGAAUUUUUAAAUAUCAAUACCUAUACAUAUAGAGAUAGCAAUUUUUGGGUCGGAACUGUAGAAAGUAAUGGAGUUCAUACCUGGUUAAAUGGUGCACCAAUGGAACAACCUUGGGUUCAGAAAAAUGAUUCAAUUCCUGGCAGUUGUUAUAUCUAUACAGGAGCAAGAGUUCAAAGUGAAAAAUGCGAUGCACGCCAUGGUUUCAUAUGUAUUCAAAACAAAACGCAAUAUAAUCCGACAGAGAAAUGCUUGGAAGGCCUAACAGAGCACUCAUUCAUUGGAGAGAUGACUGGGAAUUGUUUGUAUAGAACACCUGAUGCAACAACCAAAGAAAAUGCAGAUGCUAAAUGCGCUGAACAUGGUGGACGAUUUUUAGACUUAAACGAAAUAUUAAUGGAUGGAUUAACAUCCUUUAUUAACCAUAAAGUAAUGGUCAAUGACAGCGUUAGAUAUUGGACUACUCUCAAAACGAAUGGCACCAUUGUAGUAACAUCAACAGGAGAGCCUGUAUUUGAAGAAUCACUAACUUUCAAUCCUGGAAGAGGAGAGUGUGUUACUGUUAUGUUUAACGUGGAAGAUGUAUUAAAGACGCAACUCUACCAAACUGAAUGCAAAGAUCACGCAUAUGUGAUAUGUGGCGCGCCUGCCAUUACUUCUCGAGUCACGCUUCCGACACCACCUCUGCAACAGCAAAUACUUUCAUGCCCUGCGGGCCAGAACUGGAAAGUCUACCCGCCCACGAACACUUGCUUUUGGGAAACAUCUUUUGAAACAACACGCUUAUCAUGGCACGACGCUAGAAAAUACUGCCAGGCGUUUGGAGGAGAUUUGGCUAGUUUUCAUAGCGAAGACGAAGAAAAAAUUGGUCUAAGUUUUCAAUAUGGAAGUCUUUCUCAUCCAUAUUGGAUAGGAUUAUAUCUUGAUCCAGAUACUGAAACCUAUAAAUGGAGCGAUGGGUCUCCUUUGGAUUAUCAGAACUGGGCUCCUGGACAUCCAAAUCACAGAGAUAAGCGUUUACGUUGCGUAGCCAUGAAUGCAGAUGAGACUCAUUGGAUAUCUAGCCUUUGUGGGAUUGUGAGUUGGUUCGUCUGCAAAGCACCGAAGAGAGUUAGCCCACCUACGCCGGUUAUUCCAACACGAGAACCACUUAUUCCCUGCGACAAUAAUUUAGAAGUACCACAUUCUUUCUAUUAUUGGCAAGGUUAUUGCUAUGAGGUGAUUAGCAGUCUGCAUAGCUGGCAUCGUGCAAAAGAAUAUUGUGAAAAUAGAGAUUCGACUUUAGUUUCUAUUCACAGUGAUGAUGAGAUAGGAUUUCUACUAAGGCUGCUUUAUGAUAAUAGGCAAACAGUUGGAAAUCGAGUUUGGAUAGGAUUAAAUUCUUUCAGUCGAGGAAUCUUCACAUGGACUGACUACACUCCAGUCGAUUUUACUUAUUGGAAUGAAAAUGAACCCAAUAAUUACGAAAACCAGGAAAAAUGUGUCAAUAUGUACAUUGGAAAUGGUCUUUGGAAUGAUGAAAACUGUAAUAUUUUCAUGGGUUUUAUAUGCAAGCAAAAUAAAGACGCAAAUGUGUCUGUGGACAUUCCCACGACUCGCGAUCCAAGGAUCGGCAAUUGCAAAAAAGGAUGGUACGCCCACCAUGAUCGCUGCUACUUGCCAGUGGGAUACUCAGACCAACACAAAGUAAACUGGACUGAAGCAUCUCAAAUUUGCCAACGUCUUGGAGGUUAUUUAGUUUCGAUUCGCAAUGCGAGAGAACAAGCUUUCUUAUCCUACCUAAUUCAAGGCUUGAAAGACGAUGUUUGGAUAGGGUUUCAUGACACUUUACAAUCGGGUCGAUAUUACUGGGUGGACAAUUCUGAUAUUCGAUAUACUAACUGGGCACCUGGAGAACCCUCCUUUUUUGGAAUUCAGGAAGACUGUGUCAAGAUGGCUUACAAUGAACUUAAUAGUGGGGUAUGGAGAGAUGAUGAAUGUAGCAAGAAAUUGCCAUACAUUUGCCAAAUGGAAAAAGAUCCUGAAUUACCCAAACCCGAGUACAAUCGAGGACUCGACUGUAUUUACCCAGAGGGCUGGUUAAAACUGGAGAACAUGUGUUUCAAGAUGUUUGCCGGGACCCCGAUGACUUGGGAGAAAGCCGAAGCCACUUGUGAGAGGCAAGGAGCACAACUAGUUUCAUUGUCGGGAGUCUCCAUUCAAGCAAUUGCAACUUACCUGGGCAUGGAAGUGAAUCAGACUUACUGGAUAGGUCUUAAAUAUGAGGAAAAAACCCAGCGAUUUAAUUGGUUGAGUGGCUGGCCCAUGACAAUAUCAAAAUGGGGUAAGAAUGAGCCAUCUGGAUAUACGGAUGAUAUAUGUUAUUCAAGUACCCCUGAGGGAUAUUGGAAGAGCAUUUCUUGUAGAGACGAACUACCUUUCCUCUGCCAACUCACAGCAGGCAAGCCCCCAACUCUUAAAGCAUAUACAGGUGACUGCCCAAAUACUUCGGAACUCUGGAUACCGACCGAUGGUAGCUAUUGCCACAUCUACGAAAGUGCACGAGCUGAUUGGUUCACUGCAAACUUACGAUGUUUUAGAUAUGGUAGCUAUUUAAUCAGCAUUCAUUCGUUAGAGGAAUUGGAGCAAAUUAGGAAAACUAUGAGACCUGGUCUGAUUUCAGUACUCAUUGGCCUAAUGAGAAGCGAUAAAGGAGGUUUUUCAUGGACCGAUCAAACCCCCGUGGAUUUCGUGAACUGGGAAGAAAACCAACCAGAGGGUAGCGACGCCGAUGACAACUGCGUCGCGAUGAUGGCCGACACUCUUAAGUGGAGAGUUGUACCCUGCUUGGGAAAAAUGCAUCUGCUUUGUUCCACUAAGAAAAUUAAAGAAGUUGAUGCAGUUCCUGAAAGUGCAAAAUAUUCUGAUGAUUCAUCUGGAGGCCUAACCACGGGAGCUCUAGCAGGGAUUGUGGUCUGUGCCUUGCUGGUUCUUUUAGUGCUUAUUGUCCUGGGUGUCCUUUUCUUCCGUCCUCCUCUCGGCAGGAGCCGUUUCAGAAAUCCUUUCAGGCAGCACAGCGUCAGUUACGAAAAUGCUCUCUACAACGUGGAUUCUUCCAGUAUGGAAUUCCAGGAAGGGUUCACUAGUGACAGUAGAUGAAUAAGCAUAGUAAAAAUUAACUUCUACUUUUCACUGUACAGUCAACAAACUUUUUGUGUGUCAUCUGGCAUUGCGUGUUGAUUUAGAAAAUCUCAUUAAACUGAGUAGCUAAUGAUGGACGUCUCGGAAUGUGGAACUGCUUGUAGCAGUCAGAAAAUUUUAUGUGUAUUUCACUUCUUUGUAUUAAAUAUUUUAUUGAUCAAAUGGGAA